AUGACUGCUGCAGGAUUAGCAAGAAGAUGUAUGAAAUUAGGAAACUUUGUUUAUGCAUAUUACUCCACAGAAUGUAACACUAGAGGUGAUGCAAACAGCAACAUUUCUCGCUACAAGCCAAAUCAUUUUGAUAAAAAGAUACUAAAGUGGACAGGACGUUUCAAAUCAGAGGCCGAUAUUCCACCAUCAAUUCCAGUGGAAAUGUUGGUUAGAGCUCGGAACAAGGCACGGAUUAAAGCUUGCUACAUUAUGAUUGCAGUCACCGUUGUAGCUUGCUUUGCUGUGAUUGUAUCCGGCAAAAGGGCUGCUGCACGUCACGAGUCGCUAACAAGUCUGAACUUAGCAAAGAAAGAAAUGUGGCGUAGAGAAGCACAAAAUAAGCCAUGAACCUAUUCAGCACAUUUAAAUAGAUACAGUAUAUUACAUGCACA